AUGGCGGCGAUCACAUCGCCAUGCGCCGCGACGUCUUCUUCUUUCUCUUCUUCGUCUUCCUCCGCUGCUGCUGCACUCAACUUCGCCGCCUUCCCACCGCAUCCACCGAGGAAGCCACUCCAGAAACAGAAACACCAUCACGCGCUGUUCUCCGUUCCCACGGCGGACGGGGAGAUGGCUCGAGCUCGACGAUCGCCGUCUCCGCCGAUGCGGCCGCCGCCAGGACCCGAUCGAGGUGAUUCCGACACCGAAGGUUCCUGCUACGCCGACGAGAAUCGUUUCGAGCCGGCGCAGGGGCAUCGGAUCUCGGAGACUCCCUGUCCAUCGGGAAUCCAGAGGGGGAAGGCUGCCGUAUCUCAGAGCCGGCGAGUGGUGAGGCUCUUCCGGGAGAAUGGCGGCGAGCAAGAUCCGCAGCUGCGACUACCAGACAGCCCUAAGGUUCCAGACGCCUUGCCUUCGAGGGCUGUUGGAUCUAAAUUCCUUGCCAGGAAGCCCAGGCCUGGUACUCCGAUGGUUCAUCCACUGGAGAGGAACGCUGCAACCUCUGUCACCCCCCGGCCAACACCAGAUGGCCAAAACCAAGCAAGAUCACUGAGCGGGCGGACAGGAUCGAGAAGAAGUUCGACUCAAGUCAACCGUUCCCUUCAGGAAACUCUCAAAGGAGCCGGCCAACGAUGGCCUGGGACUCCUUCCUCGGAGUAUGAAGCUAACGGCAGCAGAUCGGGGAAUACAUCUCCGGAGAAUUCGACUACGACCGAGUUUUCGGAGACCGAGAUUUGCAGCAUAAGCAGUCCUGGAGGGAUGGGGAUAUGUGACAGCCCUCCUAUCCACGGACAGAGCAGCAGAUCACGGCUGAGCUCAGAGUGCCGUUCUUCCAUGCCCGAAGCGGAUUUGCUCCCGACAAUGGCUACGAGGGUUUCCACAGAAGGGAAGUAUUCCCAUGCAGAUUCUUCGUCAUAUCGAGGAAUUUCGUCGUCUCUUUGCCACCGGUCUUUGAAUUCAGCACUGUCUAGCUGCCAACCCCGACAAAUACAUCCAACCUCCAGCGUCUGUAAAUUGGCCGCUUCGCCCAAGGACCAUUCAGGCAUCGCGAGGGCAGAAACAGCAAUCGGGAAGAUGGGAUUAGACUCGAGGAAAGGGAGGAAGAUGUCGAGUCGCCAAGAAGACUCUCACACUCUCCGACUGCUGGAAAAUUGCUACCUCCAGUGGAGAUUUGUCAAUGCUAAAGCACAGGCAGCUAUGGAAGCGCGGGAGAUUGUAGCCGAGGUUCGUGACUCCAAUCUGUCGUCAUUCUUCUGUACAGUAGCCAAUCAAUCCAUCCACCUGCUUCCAAUAAACAGUUAUAGUGCGAAAGAUGCUCCAUACAGAAAUUCUGUGAUUCUUAAUGUUGCUUAAUAUAACUAUUUAUUUUUAUUUUCAAGUUCAUAAUAACGUCCUAACGGGAGAUCAAACAUUAUCUGCAGAGGUCACUUCAUGCUCUCUCAACUAAUCUCUUGGAACUCCGUGAUUCUGUCACAACAAAGCACAUCGAACUUAACGAGCAGAGAAGGAUGAGCAAUGUGUCAACUAUAGUUCAAGCACAAGUAAGAUGAAUUUUUAUUUUUUGUAGUUAUUUCUUAAAACAGCUUCAAAUGUAGUUUUUCUUGUUGAAAAAGAUGCAUAGGAAGAUGCAUGAAAGUGACAUCAACAGGAGAAUGCAACAAGAGAUUUAUUCAUGUUUACCAUCACCGAAUAAGUUAAAUCUAUUUAUAGUAGAAUAUUUAUCGAAUCAAAAGGGAAAUUCACUCAAGCACUGAGCUUCAAGCAGUUUAAUCUAUCUCGUUGAAAAAUAUGAUGAUGAUUUGAGUUUUUAGUAUCUCACGUCAAAAAAUGUGUUAUAAUGUGAGGAUUAUUCUUUGUUUUCCAAUAAACUUGUGCCCAUCAUGGAUCUUCAACUGGAUGACAUUGAAAGAGCAGAACCUCACCAAUUUAUAAGCAGGCAUUGUUAAUCACGAUUACUGUUGAUUCCGAUAAGUCAAUUCUCUUCGAUAUUCUAACUCGGACCUCUGAUUUGAUUCUCUCAGAUGCCACAUCUGUCAGAAUGGGCCUCUUUGGAAGAUGAAUGCUCAGGUUCUCUUUCUGGAGCGGCCAAGUCUCUCCAAGAUGCUUCACUUCGACUCCCAGUCAGUGGAAAUGUGAAGGUAAACCAUCUCUUAUCCUUACCUUUUUUAUUAUUAUUUUAAAAUUGACGACUGGAUUCAUCUAUUUGAAACAUACUAUAAUUAUAUUUUUCUAGGUUGACAUGAAAGAGAUUGGUGUGACCCUUCACUCUGCAACAGAUGUUCUAGAAUCAUUGGCCUCGAGGGUCAAAUGUUUUCUCCCAAAGGUGGGCACAUGCUUCUUUCAAAAGCCGCUCCCAAGUGCUCAUAUUUUCAAAGAACAUAUGAAAGAAUUUGAUGCCACUGAGAAUAAUCAGCAGAUCAUCUGCUUGCAGGCUGAUGGAAUGCAGAAUGUGGCAUCUGAUCUUGCAAAGGUGGUCUGCGAAGAACGAGCCCUUAUUGAAGAAUGCGGUGACUUCUUGGCUGGGGUGCAGGAGUUGCAGGUAAAUAUCAUCUUCUCUUCGAUACUUUGCUAUGUACAGACAUUAUUCUUUUCUUAUCAGGUUUGAUUUAAUUUUAUGCAUGUUGCUAUUAAAUAGAUGAUAAUGCUAAAGUUUUUAAUAUGGGAGAAUCUAUUCAUAUCUUUGUUUAGCUUCAUAUUCACCAUAACAAUUAGCAAAUUAUGCUGAAUAAUAUGAUUCAAAUUUGGAUAAUCUUCUUCUUAUAUUUAUCUAAAUUUAUAUUGGGGACAGACUUCUAAAACUCCAACUUAAACUCAUCCUCCUCUCUCACCCUUACAGGUCAAGGAGUGUAGCUUGAGAGCUCACCUGAUCCAGCUGAGGCGAACCAAAUGA